AUGUCUCUUGAAAGUGAAGCUGUGGCUGGAGCAACCAUUGAGCUCCUCGAGGCACGUCUGCGCCGCCUCUCCUACCUCCUGACGGGCGCCACAGAGUGGACUGGUAUCCCAGCCGACCCCGAGAAACCUUCCUCUCACGAGGAAACCGUCUCCCGCCGAAUUGUCCGCCUCGAAAGAGAGCUAGAAAAGCUCAGUCGAAAUGUGCCCGCGGUGCGGGACGUGAUACAACUCCACGACCGUUUUCCAGACCUUUUUCGAUCCCCACCCACCCACGAAAUCCCUGAAGGUCUCUCCACCCGCACAUUAUCCUCCAUCGUCCUCUCCUACGCAACCGCCUUCCCCGAGACCGCAUCGAGACUUACUUCUUUAAAUGACCUCCCUGUGCCUGACGCGCAGAGCUCUGCGGAAUUAAUUGAAUUACAACCUCGAUUGGAUCGCCUCGCGCAGAUACAGGCUCAGCAGGCUGAGACUAUCUCCGAGUUACGCGUGCGCACGGCUCGUGUAUUACAGAGGUGGUAUGAGGUUGGUCUUGUUGGGAGUGGGGAAUGUUGGGCUGAAUGGGAGGGUCGACUUGAGGAUGUGGAGAGGGAGGUGAGGAGUAGAGAGGUUGUUAAGGAGCGGAGGGAGAAUGAGAUUUGA